AUGGAAGGAUCGAAUGCGGGGACUCCCCCCGACGGGGGAUGGGGCUGGAUGGUCGUUUUCGGCGCCUGUUUGAUCAAUAUGGUGAAUCAAUCCCUCUUCGCCAACUACGGUCUGAUAUUCGGCGAGUACGUGAACUCCAUAUCGGAUGGCAGCGCCACCGGAGUGACCCUGGUGAUGGCCAUCAACGUGGUCUCGACGAACGUCGCCGGGCUGAUAGUGGGACCGUUGUUGAAAGUUUUGGACAUUAGGACGUUCACGUUUUUGGGCAUCGGUUGCGUCGGCACCGGCAUGAUCAUAUCCAGUUUCGGUACAGCCAUAUGGCACAUCAUAAUAGGUUAUAGUUGUUUCACAGGUUUCGGUCUGGGUUUGCUGGCGUCCGGAACGUUUUUGAUCAUAAACGAUUACUUUACGACGAAGAAAAGUACGGCUGUGGGUAUUUCGAUGGCCGGUACCGCCGUAGGGCAGAUGACCAUGCCUAUCGUCAUCGGAUUCUUGUUGAAAAAGUACCAAUAUUCCGGCACCACUUUCAUAUUGGGUUUCGUCAGUUUUACCGGUGUUAUAGGAGCUAUUUUCUUCAAACCGAUUAUGUGCUGCAAAAAAUUCGCGCCGCAACAGGAAUUAGGGGAAUCUAUUAAACCGCCGAAAGAAGAGAACACGUCCACGCCGAAACUCGAAGCCGAGCAAAAGUUAUUAACGCCCGAAGGGAGAGCGAGCGUCAACAGCAGAGCCUCGGGUUCGAGGAAAGUCAGCGUUUCCAAGCAAAUCUUGCAAAACCACAUCGAAUCAAACUACAAGGAUUCCGCCAUCGAAAUGGCGAACAGUCAGUUCCAACUCAAAUUCGAAGAGAAAAAACACUCGGUCUUCAAGAAGGUGGCCAAAGCGUUGGGUUUGAACCUGCUCAAAGACCCGGUGUACGUUCACAUCGUCGUCGGUCUCGGCUUCGUCUACUUUUCCAACGUCUCCUUCGGCGCCAUGUUUCCCAUAUUCCUGCACGGCGAAGCCGGUUUGCCCAUGUUCGAGACCACCACCACCAUGACCACCCUUUCAUCGGCCGACGUGCUGGGACGCGUCACCGCCUCCGAAUUGUUCAGACGCCUGAAUUUCGGCAACAGGACCACCUUCAUGAUCGGCGCUACCUUGCUGGCCUUCACCAGAUCAGUGGAGAUGUUGAUGCCGAGUUACCUCUAUCUGGCCGUCGUGGGUUUCAUCGUGGGUUACUUCAGAGCUAUAGCUAUGAUAAACCAGAAUUUGGUGAUAUCCGAAUACAUUUCGAAGGAUCAACUACCGUCAGCUGUGGGUCUUAAUAUGGUGAUGAAAGCUUUAAUCACGCUAAUUAUAGGACAACCGUUAGGUUACAUGAAGGAUAUGUGGAGUUAUAGAGUUUGUAUACACUCUCUCAACUUGCUCACUUUGCUCGUGAUAGUGUCUUGGUCCGUUGAAAUAAUCAUUAGGAAAAGGAGAACCUCGAGGAAGGCCGAAGAAGCUCAAGAUGUUAUAUAA